AUGGCUGGGGGGAAGGGAGAGGAAGUGAAGCUGUUGGGGGCGUGGGCUAGCCCGUACGUGGCCAGGGUGAAGCUAGCGCUCCACCUCAAGGGCGUGAGCUACAAGUACAUGGAGGAGGACCUCACCAACAAGAGCGAGCUGCUCCUCCGCUCCAACCCCGUCCACACGAUGGUUCCCGUGCUCAUCCACGGCGGCAAACCCAUCUGUGAGUCCCAGGUCAUCGUCCAGUACGUCGACGAGACCUUCGCCUCUAUCGGCCCUGCCCUCCUCCCUGCCGACCCCCACGAGCGUGCGGUGGCCCACUUCUGGGCCGCCUACGUCGACGACAAGGUGCUGCCGCCGUGGGGGAUGCUCUUGAGGGCAAAGACAGACAAGGUCGAGGAGAGGGCGGAGUGGAUGAGGCAGACCAUCGCAGCGGUGGAUGCGCUGGAGGAAGGAGUGAGGGAGUGCUCGAAGGGCAAGGGGUUCUUGGGCGGUGAUGACGUCGGCUACCUCGACGUCCUGCUCGGGGGCAUGGUCCCGUGGGUGUACGCCACCGAGAAGAUCUCCGGUCACAACUUCUUCGGCGACAGCAAGGCCCCGCUGCUGGCGGCAUGGAUGGAGCGCUUCACGGAGCUGGACGCUGCCAAGGCGGUGUUCCAGGACGUCGACAGCUUGGUAGAGUAUGCUGGGACCGUACUUUCCGGCAUGGCUGUAAGCAACUGAUAAACCGCCGGUAGCCAUGGAGACCUGCUCCCCUGGUGGUCGUCUAUUUGCAUGUCCAUUUUCAUGGAACUACCAGUGGAUAACUCAGUGUAUUUCUUAUAAUGAAACUUGCAGGGUGACCCGCA